GGCCUACAAGCGUGAAAAACGGACCACUUUAUGUUAGCCAGUCGGCCCAACUGCAUUCAAAACACGGUUUAUAAAUUCCCCUUUCUGAUAUUAGGGAUUUGGAAAUUCCGUGCUUUGGACCGGACGAUAGUGAGGGAUAUUCGGAUAUCGAUAAUGGCAGAUUCAACUACGGAUGAUCUUGAGCCCUUGUUUGAUUACCGCCGCGUUCAGCCCCUAAAUUUCGUUUGCAUCGACGAUGACGAUUCAGAUACUUCACCAGUUCCGUCGCAAAAAAGGAGGAAAAUUACUGGUCCUGAUGUUGUGAAAGUAAAUGAGGAUGAGGAUGUUGAAGUGAUCAAAGUGGUGAAUGUAGAAGAGGAGGAUUGGUUGGCUCCUCCUCCUAUGGUUUCAACUGAUGCUUAUAGUAAGAUUGGUGAGGAUUCAACCAUAAAGGAGUUGAGGCUAAGGAAGCAGGAAUUGGUUUCAUUUGCGCAAUCUGCAAAAAACAUGUUGCUAGAAGUGCAGGAAUCUGCAAAAAGAGAAUUGAGUGGUUUGUUGAAACCUUCUUUAGAUGUUGUAGCUGAGCAACCAAAUAAUCCUGCCUCUGAAAGGGUGAAAAUAGUUAUUUCAAUCCAGAACAAGGAUGAACUCAAGCAAUUUCGUGUAUACAUGGAUGACAAGUUUGAGAGGCUCUUCAGCAUGUAUGCAGAUAAAGCUAAGCUUGACCUGCAAAGCUUAGUAUUUUCUUUUGAUGGUGAUAAAAUUAGUCUGGCUGCAACCCCUGCAAGUCUUGGAAUGGAGGAUGAUGACAUUAUUGAGGUGCAUGUGAAGAAGAGUUGAUUGAGGUUUUUGUUUCAGCUAUAAUGCUGAAGUAACUUUGCCUGUCCGUUCUACACUCUAGUUUUCUGGAUUAAUCUCAAAGCUGUGCGCACUUUCAAUUUCCUUCUUUUGGCGAAGUUUGUUGUUCAGAAUUGUACAGUGAGAUGCAAAUAUUCUGAAAAAUAUCUAGGAGCAACCAUUGUCUAUCAUGCUUUUCUACAGCCAUUGUGUGAGGAAAUGAUGUAUACAUUCUCAAAUGUACUCAUGACUGCCUUGAUAAACUCGUUUUUGUGAAGCCCUUUGGAGUACCUUAUUGGCUUCUUGGAUGUGUAUAUUUUGGGUUAUUUACCUCUCAUUUGAUUUUGAUAUAAUGAAGUUUUCAUUUCGGUUAGCA